CAAUAUUAGCUUGAUCCGCAGGUACAAGAUAACACCGUACGAGCUUCGUAUAGAGAUCCUUAUCCCAAGCCCCGUUCGUAUAAAAUCCUCAUCCGGAGCCCCGCUCGAGGCGGUGACCAGAACACGACCGCUCAAAAUGGAGAACGGUGGCAGCCCCAACAAGCCCAUCCGAUGCAGAGCGGCGGUGAGCAGAGUGGCGGAGAAGCGGCGCUGGUCCAUGAGAAGGCUGGUGGAGGUGGAGCCUCCCAAAGCAUGGGAGGUGAGGAUAAAGAUUAUAUGCACCUCGCUCUGUCACAGCGAUGUCACCUUGUGGAAGAUGAAGGAGUUUCCUGGGAUUUUUCCAAGGAUUUUUGGACAUGAGGCUGUCGGAACGGUGGAGAGCGUGGGGGAGCACGUGGAGGACAUCCGGGCGGGCGACACGGUGGUCCCCACGUUUCUAGCGCACUGCGGGCGGUGCGUCGACUGCAGAUCGGAGAGGAGCAACAUCUGCUCCCUGCUCCCGUUCAGAUUCAAGGGGAUGCCACGUGACGGGACCAACAGAUUCAAGGGCUUGAACGGGGAGGAGAUUCACAAUUGCCUCUGCGUGUCGAGCUUCGUCGAGUACACCGUGGUGGACGUGGUGCACGUGACCAAGGUGGACCCCCGCUUGCCCCCGGAGCUGGCUUGCCUGCUCAGUUGCGGUGUUUCUACCGGUGUUGGAGCAGCUUGGAAGGUUGCUGCCGUGGAGAAAGGGUCCACCGUCGCCAUCUUUGGUCUUGGGGCUGUUGGUCUUGCGGUGGCAGAAGGGGCAAGGAUUCAUGGAGCAGCUAAGAUCAUAGGUGUUGAUUUGAACCCGGCCAAGUUUGAAAUGGGGAAAAAGUUUGGGCUCACUGAUUUCAUUAACCCAAAGGAUAUUGGAGAAAAGUCCGUAAGCGAGGUGAUAGUUGAGAUGACCAAUGGGGGCGCAGAUUAUUGCUUCGAGUGCAUUGGCUUAGCGUCCUUGAUGAGCGAGGCAUUUUCUAGUUCCCGAAAGGGGUGGGGCAAAACUGUAGUCCUUGGUGUGGAGCUGCAUGGUGCGCCUCUGUCCAUAAAGUCCCCGGAGCUCUUGUAUGGUAGAAGCAUCACGGGGUCACUAUUUGGAGGAAUCAAAGCCAAGACAGAUAUCCCAAUUCUCGCACAACAGUAUCUUAAUAAGGAGUUAAAUUUAGACGAGUUUAUCACACAUCAAGUUGAUUUUAAGGACAUAAACAAAGCUUUUGACCUACUACUUCAAGGGAAGAGCAUUAGAUGCACAAUAUGGAUGGAUAGAUAAGAAGACAACAAGAAAAGUAUACAAAGUGGGCUUUGCUUAUUUCACCCAAGGAAAUAAAAGCAAGAAAGGGUGAUAUUUAAUUGUAUUUUCCUUUUUUUUUUUUUGGCAAGGGUAGGCUUGAUUGAGUAAGCAAAUAGGGCAAGAUGCCAGUGUUCAUGCAAGAAUGUUCUCAUUUGAUGUAGAUCAUAUGUUCGAAAAUAGAAAGUGAUGAUAAUGCUCUAUUAUUGAGAACAAUUAUUGAUCACAAGGUGAACAUAACCAGUAAUAAACAAAGUAGCUGUAAAGGAGAAAUAGAGACGCAUCACAUAAUCGAAAAAGUCGUUCGUGAUCAUCA